GGCGACUCAGCCUGGAUGAAAAUUUUAUGUGCAAGUGUCCAAAAAUCGGAUAACCAAUAUAAUUCUAACUCCAGGAUUGCAAGAUAAAAAGUUUCCAUCAUUUAUGUAAUACUACUCAAGAUCAAAAUGGAUUACCCGCAGACUAUAGCGGAAACCCUCACACACUGCCUGAAAAAACGUGAAAUGGUGCUAGUGGAUUUUAACCCAAACACGUAAAGAAUGUGACUCUAAAGGACUAACGAUCUGCGUCUAGCAGAAAACAGGAGUUGCAAUUUUAAAAGAAAAUACUUUACAGACAUAAUUUCGAACUAUGGCAAAACGUCCCGAGGGAGGGCGGACGUACACUGUGAGUGUCGUUGGUCUCUCUGGUACCGAGCGUGAAAAAGGUCCCGUUGGGGUCGGGAAAUCCUGCCUGUGUAAUCGUUUCAUGCGCCCUCUAGCAGAUGACUAUCACACCGACCACAUCUCGGUGCUGAGUCAGUCCGAUUUCGGCGGAAGAGUCGUAAACAAUGAUCACUUUCUGUACUGGGGCGAGGUUACGAAGAUCGAGGAUGGGUUAGAUUUUACGUUUCACCUUGUCGAGCAGACGGAGUUUGUAGACGAUGCGUCGUUUCAGCAGUUCAAGUCGGGAAAGACGGAGCCAUACGUGAAACGAUGUGCGGCAUCGAAGAUCCAGUCUGCUGAAAAACUCAUGUACAUUUGUAAAAAUCAGUUAGCAUUGGAACAUGAAUUUGAGCAGAAGUUGCUCCCAGACGGUAAACUGAAUGUUGACGGAUUCCUCUGUCUGUUCGACGCCAGCGAGGUGCCGAAUCGGACUUUAGAACGCCAAGUUGAAGUGAUAUCACACAUUAUUGGCAACCUCAUGAAAACGAAAAAGCCCAUCGUUUUGGUUGUGACGAAAAUGGACGAGGUCAAUGAGAAUUACGUCAGGGAGGUGGAGCGUUUGGCUCAGAGGAAGGAACUAAAAGUGCCCAUUCCGAUUGUCGAAACGUCGGCGCAUGAUGGCGUGAAUGUCGAGUCAGCGUUUUUGACGCUUGCGCAUCUUAUCGACAGCGCCAAGUUGAAAAAUCCCCGUUUACGUCUCGUGCCGUUUGCGGAGGCGGCGCAUUCUCGGAAAGAGCUGUUGAAAGUUGCAGAAGAGGCAUAUCAGCAUCUACUGAGAUCUCACAUUCUCGACUACAAAAUACUCUGGAGUACUUGGAGUAAAAAGUUUUCUACGAAUUCUGACUUCAAUCACUACGUGGAACUUUUCGGCACGGAUAGUGCUAGGAAACUUUUCAAUAAACGUGUGCGACAAUUACAGGCAGAGCACAUACGCCAAAAGGAAAGAAUAUAUCUUGAACAGCUGCCUUUGGUUUUAGAGAAAAUGUUGCCUGAUUUGGCCACAAUUAGCAGCAGAAAUUGGUUAGAGUGCCAAGAAACGUUACGGACUCACGCGAGUUACGACGAACAUUUAGUGGAUGCAAGUCACGUCCAAUGGCGGGACAGCGACCACCUCGACUCCCUGGACGUACGGAUACCGUUCGACCUUUUAGACGAGGAGGAGGCCGAGGCCGUGUUUACGAGACACGUGAAGGCGCUUCACGAUGAGCAGCGACGGCUCGAUCUACGGCGGAAGUUCAGGCAAUUGCUCGACAGUCUUCUUCAGGGACACCAUGCAAUCAUCCCUGGCAAACAACUCGCAGAAGUUUCCAUCCAACUUAUGGGCAGGGAAUCGUAUGAUCAACUAUCGGAGAAAGACCGAUAUGAGGUCUACGAACAGUUUCAAUCGGAGCUGAAAGAGCGCGCUAAAAACGAGUUUGAAGAACUUUUGUGGGAGCGGGCGGAUCUGUUUAAUAGAUUUGAGGGUCAGUUCGAUAAAGAUGACAUAACGGAUAUACAAGAUAGACUCAGCAAAGAACCCAGGUAUCAAGCGUUGAACAAAAUGAAUGAGGAUCGCCGCGCGAUGUUAGUCAGCCACUUAGCAUUCAUACAUAGUCCGUCGAGUACACCGUGCCCGUUUAAGGAGAACUGUAUGGAGAGCGUCAUCGAGAGGGCGUUGGCCAGUAGAGGGCACAGCGAAGGCAUUCCACCACAGUCCUGGAGUCGCAACAGUCAGUGGCUCAUCAAUCCUGACGACAACCGUCUCAAUCUAGUCAUUCUUGGCUCAGAAGGCUUAGCUGAUGAGCUUGCAUCGGAGAUACGGGCUCAAUGUAUCGACGAUGAAUACACCCACGAAGAAACAAUUUACAGCUUAGAUUACCGGACGAUAGACGGUGAUGUUAAUUUACCCCAAUACUCAUUUAAAACUCCGGAGUUUUCACCUCAUGGGUGUCUGUGUGUCUUCUCCAAUGCAGAUAGUUUAGACUAUCUUAGAACUGCGUUAGAUAAAACACUACUGUCCGAAAUGCGUCCAGAAGAAAGAAAAUCAUUCCAAGGAUUACCUGUCGUCGUCGUGCUUGCUUACGACCCCGACUCGGAGAAGAUGGCAUCGACGUUGCGUGAUGAAGGACAGACUUUAGCCGACAGGCUGCAGUGCCCGUUCAUCACAUUUCCUCCAGCGCCACGCAUCAUCGAGAAGCACUUCCACGACAAUCAGGUUAGCCAAGCGGUGCGUCUGCUCUUCGAUAGCAUCAAGCACCGGGCGGGCUUUAUAGACCCAUUCCGAUUAGCGGAAAACCUAGAACCAGAUGUUCGAAUUGUGAUGUGCUUCACCUGUGGUGACCGUAUUCACCUCCCGGUCGGGCCGUUACUGAGCCAUCAGUGUUGCUAUGUGACGUCCGACAAGUACCAGGCCCUCUCGCUAGAGACGUACUUAGGCGACUCGAAACGUCGCGUAGAAAUCGUGCUGACUUCCAUACAUGGUGCUGGUCCUCUUCGGGACGAGUUUAAUCAUGGGUAUAUUCUCGUUUAUUCUGCCAAAAGGAAAGCAUCGCUGACCAAUCUAAGAGUGUUUGCAAGUGGCAUACAACAAGCACCGACUCUGAUCCUCGCCGUGACCGAAAGUGGUGGUGCUAAUGCUUUCUUCUCCAACGAGUAUACCCAGGCCCUGAUCACGGAGGGCAAUGCGAUAGCUGAUCGACUCCGAGCCAGAUUCAUGACGACCAGUGCAAACUUUCAACAACAAACGGCGGUUUUCACUCCUUUCUUCAAAAUGUGCUGGGAUCGUCGGAGCGAAACAGAAAACUCGUUCAAAAGCUCAUUCUCAGGUGACGAACUCCGGCCGGACAUAGACAAGCGCCCUCCCGCUGCACUGCCAAAGAACAUAUAUAUCGGGAAGGUUAGCACUAGCAAUAGCCAAAGCGUAGAAGACUCCGAACCUGUUUACGAUGUGCCAAUCUAUGACAGGUGUCACUCGGACAGCGACGGACAAGAUAGAGGCUCGUCUUCGUCUCCUCCCGCGUACGAGCACGACAUCUACAGUGAGAUUCCCGCCCAUGCCGAUAUGGGCGACGAUAUCAUUAAGACAACCCAGUUAAGACGAAAUAUGUAUGCCGAGAUGUAUAGGAAAAAGUACCCGGACGGGAAAUCUUCCUUCACGACUUCUUCCACGAUUAGCAGAGAUUCGAAAGACUCGGAGGGAGAUAAGGAGCGGGAGUCCUCUGGCAUGUCUGCAGAUUCUGAAUCUAUCCAACCGCGUUAUCAGUUUAGAAAAUCGAAAAGCAUGAAACUUGCCUUGCAGCAAGAUGACGACGAAGGUGUGCCAGCAAACACGGUGAUCGACGCAUCCGGGAAGCGCCUGCAGAAGGCGUCCACGCUGCCCGCAACCGGGCGCGUCGGGCAGGAAGAGGGAUGGAUCGACAACGACAUCUACGACAGUGCCAACCAAGACGAUCGUGGUGACAGAGUUAACCCCCUCUAUGAGCCAUUAGAUGCCCCACUCCUGCCGCCAAUGACUAAACCGAAGCCCCCUCUCAAACCAAAGCCGCAAUACACCUACCUCUCAAAAUUCCAAGGAAUGACGGAAGUUAUUAAACGGAAAAAUUUCGGGAAUACGAAGAAUUACAAACAGCGCCAGCAGGAAGCGAGUAGCGUGCAGGCUCCAUUGGCUGUCAUGGAUCCCAUCGAGAUUGCUGAAGACUAUGCUACUGUCAGGGAUUCCAUUCCGCCCGAAGAUAAUGACUAUGCGUCAGUCCAAGACGCCCUGCCCGCCGGAAAAGUAGUGCGGAUCCUAUCAAUCCGUAAGCCACCUGAGUAUAAAACUGAGUACGGCCCGCGGGCCGAGGACAAUUUACCGUUGAUAGGUCAUGCAGGGGGCACCGACUCUGAAUCGGAAUUCAGCUCGCUGGAACGACAGCAAAAAGAUAUCUACUUCCGGGUAAAUAGGAAGCCCACACCGCACAAGAAACGCCACAAGCACUCGCGGCCGUCGGAUAGUUUCCAUGGCGACCUGCCAAUGGUGCCACCCACACUUGAAACCUAUGAUAAAGUUCGUAGUAAUUCUCCAUCCGAGGGUAGCGAGGGCACCGAAGGGGACGACCACCCAAAGAAACCAGUACGACGGAGAUCACUCAAGGACAAGAGGAAGAAGAAGAUUUCGGGUGAAUUCUCCGGCCUCACUAUCAGCCCGCCGCUAUCGGACAAUGAUCUUCUCAUUCCUGCUUCCAAAAUGAGAAUUGAAGACGAUGAUGACAGCUCUCUGUAUGAACCAAUUAGAUUCCCAAUGCACCUGCAGAAUGAUCAGACGUCGCCGGGACCGGCGGAUGACGUGGGCGACAUGGCCGACAGUGGAAAUUGGCGGAAAUUAUUGAAGUUUCGCUCGGAUAAGGACUCGGUCGAGAAGCAGAAGCGGAAGGAAGAGAAAAAGGCUCAAGCAGAUGAGAAAAGACGAAACAAAGAAAUUCGAGAAGAGGAACGAAAGCAGCAGAAGGCGCAAGACAAACUGCAGAAGAAGAUGAAAAAGAAGGAUAGUCGCGCCGGGCCGUUACCGCAGAGCGGAACAAGCCUUGAAGAAUUCGCCCAAUCAGAGGGCAGCAACAUCCCGUUAUUUAUCGAGAAGUGUAUACAAUAUAUUGAGGAUGAGGGUGUAACCACUGAGGGGAUUUAUCGAGUUCCAGGCAACAAGGCACAAGUAGACUUUCUAAUCGAACGGUUCAAGGAAGAUCCAAAUGUAAACAUCGCAUCAUUAGAUAUACCUGUGAACGCAGUAGCAACCGCUCUGAAGGGUUUCUUCAUGGAGUUAUCUGAUCCACUCAUCCCGACAAAUAUUUAUGACGAACUCAUCGAGGCUGUUGUCCCGAGCAGACGUCCUGUAACUCAGAGAAACCAAGGAGAGGAGACAAUGGAUGAGAGUUUUUGUUACGAAGGCGCUCCAGAGAAGAGUAGUCGACUGCUUAUGCUGCGUGGAGUUCUCAAAAAGCUUCCGAGCGUGAAUUAUGACGUCCUCAAGUAUCUAGUGACACAUCUUAGGAAGGUCUCUGACUUCCAAGGGGAGAACAAUAUGGAUACUAAAAACCUCGCCAUCUGCUGGUGGCCAACAAUACUACGGCCUGAAUUUACGAGUUUUGAGAUGAUGACGCAGUCUUCGAAAUACCUGGAGGAGAUGGUUCUGGCACUCUUGGAUCAGUUCGGGUUCUUCUUCUUCGGGAGAGAUGAGGAAGUCUAAAGUUGGGUUCUUCUUCGGCAGAGAUGAAGAAGUGUAAAAUCGGGUUCUUCUUCUUCAGGAGAGAUGAGGAAGUGUAAAGUCGGGUUCUUCUUCUUCUUCGGGAGAGAUGAGGAAGUGUAAAGUCGGGUUCUUCUUCUUCGGGAGAGAUGAGGAAGUGUAAAGUCGGGUUCUUCUUCUUCGGGAGAGAUGAGGAAGUCUAAAGUUGGGUUCUUCUUCUUCGGGAGAGAUGAGGAAAUUGUAAACAAAUCAGAUAUUGGCCAAAUUCAGGAACAAUGUGCACGGAAUGCGCGAACUUCAGGUUCGUCUACUGCACUGUGUUUAAGGCAGACCCGAUCGUCUACUGCACUGUGUUUAAGACAGACCCGAUCGUCUACUGCACUGUGUAUAAGACAGACUCGAUCGUUUACCGCACUGUGUAUAAGACAAAAACUGCUUGAAUGCUAUCUGCUAAUUGUACAGAGAAACAUAUGACGUAUUUAUAUGUACAUUACUUUAAGGCGCAUUUUAGUUGAAUAUAUGACGACAUUGAUUGAUUGUUGCUGGCAAUAGCUGCCUUGUUGGUCAGCGAAAUGUACAAGAUAUGUGUCCAUUUUAUGCAGAACAUGCAAGGUGCAAAAACGCAAGAAUCAAGCGUUAUGUGUUCAGGAUUGCAUUGUUUGUUAAUUCUGGAUUUGUCCGCUCAGACCGGAUUCAGCUCAGACCGGAUUCAGCUCGGGCCGGAUUUAGAAAAUGGCGGAUAUAUUUUGUGCAGAGGUGUGUGUAGCCUCUGUUAUGAUUUCUCCUCUCGUGCAGGACUACGGCGUUAUUAUACUGUGUGUAUAAAAACAAUCAGUAAGUUUGUUAUGGAAGUUUUAUUCCAGUGUGGUGUUGUAACGGAUACUCUUCUGUUAAUCCCUAUCUAGACUCCACUGAAGGUUGCUUACCUGCAAUUAUGUCCCCUGCAGACAAGCAAGUCCUGUCGCAGCUACCCGAGAUCUGACAGAAGUCUCUUGUUUGCGGUGGUCAUCACUGUGACCUGUUUCCAUAUCAAACCCAGCGAUUAUGGCUUCUACCCGCAGAUGAGCAAUCUUUUUAUCGCUCAUUGUCACAAUAACUGUUGCAGCACCAAAAUUGCUUGUUUGUAGGAUGACGGCCCCCGAGAUUCUGUCCUGGAUGGACAUGUGGGUGAAGUUUGAAGUUCAAUCCUGUUCUUUUUCUUGAUGAGUCUGGAGUAGUGGAUGUCACAAUAAUUGUUGCAGCACCAAAAUUGCUUGUUUGUAGGAUGUUGGCCCCUGAGAUUCUGUCCUGGAUGGACCUGUGGGUGAAGUUUGAAGUUUAACCCUGUUCUUUUUCUUGACGAGUCUGAAGUAGUGGAUGAGGGACUCGUUACUGGUAGGCCUACACCUGCUGGAUCCAGAUUUUAAAAAACUUAAAUUCGAGAAAACAUUUUGCUAGUGAAAGGGUUAAACUAUUGUGCAUUUGUACUAUAAACCGCCAAAUGUUUGCCAAUAAUCUCGUUUCCCGAAUGAUUAAAAAAAAUUUAAACUUCAAAUGGAAAGAGGAUUUCUUAAUCCGCUAAACAGAAAAUUGUGAAAAUUUUAUUUUGGGGGGAAAUUUUCGCGAAUUUCAUAAAGGAAAAAAAAGGCGAAAUAUUUGCGGUUCACAGUAAUUCUCAAUACAUUUAACAUUGAUAUUUUAAUUACAAUCAUGUCUGACAGUUCAUGGUACUAUCGUACUUGUCAUUUCACAAAAUCGCUUUAUUUUGGUUCCAAGUACAUGUAUAAUCAGAACAUUUAUGCGCGUUAUUUGACAUGGAUCAGAUUAUUUUUGUUAACUUUUCAUCAAAUGUUACGUGUUUUACAAGUCGAGCACAAGUAAUUUUCCUGUAAUAUGUAUUUUCUCUACCCUUAGGGGGCAAUCUUUGUCUUAAAGGUCCACACCGUUUGUUCAAAUAUUUGAAAAUUUAACUUGAAUUUGAAAUUUCUGAUUGUUUAAGUACGUACUGAAUAUGAAUUUAAACUAUGCCAUUGUGUAGACUGAUAUACAGUACAACCUCUCUACUAAGGACACCCUGGGACUGACUAGUGUUGUCCUUGAUAGAGAGGUGUCCUGAUUAGAGUGGUCAAAUUGAAUGAAAACUACCAAUUUGAGCUAAUCUAGUGUCCUUAAUCGAUAGGUUGUCCUUAUAAGAGAGGUGUCUGCUAAGGGAGGUUCUACUGUACAACUACAGUGGAACCUCCCUUAGCGGACACCUCUCUAUUAAGGACACUAGGUUUGGUCCCAGAUUGGUUGUUUCCAUUCAAUUUGACCUCUCUGAUCAGGACACCUCUCUAUUAAGGACAGCACUUUUCAGUCCCGAGGGUGUCCUUAAUAGAGAGGUUCUACUGUAAUUCCAAGUUUCAGUGAAUUAGCUUGCAUAUGGCAAUGUUUAUUUCCAUUUUACCUGAGCCACAAGAAAAUACAUUACAAUACAAGACAAACGGUGUGGGUCUUUAAAAAUUGCUAGGAGAUGUCGGAUUCAAAAUGAGUAUAGCUGAUCAAAAGUAGAAAAUGUCAUGAGAUUUUUCGUUGGCGGAAAAAAUCCAGAAUUUGCCGAUUUGCUUUCCUAAUUGCAUUUAUGGUUCAAAAGCGUGUUGUUAUGAAACGUUAUUUUCAGGCUGACGUAAUUGCACCGUACGGUUGCCGCAACGCGCCCCCCUGCAUUUUAAAAAUAGAUUUGUCGGGUAUUGGAAAUGCAUAGACUAAAUGGCCUAGUCGUGGAAUGGACUAGUCUGGAAUAGUCCUUGUAAGGAAAUGGGGGUGAACAGGUUAUAAUACUAAUAAUGAGAUCUUUUGCAAAAUUAGCAAAAUGUUUUUUGUUGAGGAUUGUAGCUCGUAAUUGCUUUUGAAUUUCUAAUGAAUGUCUUUCUGAUUUAUAUUAAAGAGUGGGUUUGCAGUUUGCACUUGCUGCCAAUGUAGUAAGUGAGCUCCUCACACCACUGCAAGAAAUAAUGGGUUAAUGCUGUUCGGCUUAUUGGUCUGGGUUGUUGGGGCUGCAGCACGAGCUUAAAACAGCAAAAUUAUUUUCUUUCGUUUCUCACCAGAACCCCUUCCAGAAUCUUAUUAUUGGGAACAUUUCAGCACAUGUUUCAGGGUUUUCAAUAUUUUUGGCAGAUUUCAGACCUUUGCUAAAUUUGACUGAAAUUGAGCAAUCUCUGUCUUAGCUCUCUGGGAUCUUUAAAUUUUCAAAAUUGGACCAGAAAUAGGCCUUUUAGAGGGGUUUUUGUGCGAGUGAGGGCUGAUCAAUGGACAAGAUUUUUACAAGAAAAACCUUUCUGACUUUUUGCUGCAGGUCAAGGGCAUCUCUGAUGUUCGAGAAAUAUCCUAGACACCGGCCGUGUUACUUGUUUUAUGGAGACUUAUUGUGUCUCUCAAGCUAAAGAACAAACAGAUUUUUCAAGGGAAGGAAGCUGAAAUUUGAACGUUUUUAAAUGAGCCCGAAACAAAACAAACUAAAUGGUACCUUGACCCCAAAAAAUAUCUGGGUUUUUUGGCUGGUUUUUGUCAUGCUCGAGUCCGUAACCUAUUGUUACGUACUGGUAUGGAGCAAAGGGGGCAUUCGUCUGCCCCCUUUCCCUAAUUCAUGGAAAUCUUUGAAAAUGACCAUCAAAUUUUGUAACAUGACUAAUUAUGAGAAAUGCAGUGCACGCCCCCUCUUUUUCCUGGCACCUGGACCCACCACUGUCAUAUCAAAAUGAUUGUGUUCUGAGUAUUUCAUUGACGUUGCGGUUUCCGUGACCUAAUUGGUAAUGCUUGUGGUCUGAUUGGCAUGCUUUGAAUAUACAUGUACUCUACUUUCACGGACCUAAGACCAGUUUCGUGAUUAUUCAAGUAACUUGAGGGUCAGUGCACAAGGUCGUUCAGUGCUGGUUAAUUUUGAAAAGAAAUUAACAAAGUGUCCGACAAUCAUGGCAUCAUGUUUAGCGUUGGCUUUUGUGUCGAUUUCAUAGUCAUAAUUGAAACAGUCUUACGUCGGUGAUGCUAGAGUAUUUGUCUGUAAACAGCCUGUAUAAUGAUGUGCUGAAAUAUGUGAACUCCCAGAAUAGUUAUUCCAAAAUAAAUAUAAAGUUCUAGUCUUUUUGAAUUAA